AUGUCAACUUCUCUACGAGAUCUACGGCUGCUAUGGCUCUCACAAGCCUUGAAACCUACGAGAGUCACUCGAAGCUCUCUAUAUGGUCGAUACGCAGUGGCUUCGUCCGGACCAGUAAGAGUGAGAUCUACUCCAUCGACAUCUCUUCGGCGUCAUCAUGAGGUUUAUACAUUUAACAGAAAAUACGCCACCUCCUCUGGACCGUUAAGUCCAGAUGAUCCUACCGAUAUACAUGCUCAAGAAAUUAUGGAUGAAGCUACUCAAGAAUUAGAACAAGGAGAUUUGAAUAAAGCUCGAGAAAAGUAUAAAUCCUCUUUAGGUAUGAAAGAGACAAGUGCUGGUUGGUUCAAUUUAGGAGUAUGCGAAUAUCAUCUAAAAAAUAUUCCAGAAGCUAUCAAAGCUUGGGAAAGAAGUAUAACCCUAGAUCCAUCUUCGGACGCUUAUACAAAUCUCGCUUCGGCUUAUAUACUUUCCAAGCCACCUCAAGCUGCGAUGGCUAUUAAACAUCUUACUUCCGCAUUGGAACUCUCUCCUGAUGAUCCAGAGAUCGCUUUCAAUCUCGCUGCGGUACUAGAGUCAACCAAUAAUCUUGAAACGGCUUUGAAACUUUAUCGACGUGCAGAGAAAGGCGGUAUAAGUCGUGCUGGACAAAAUAUAAGGAGUGUCAGUGCUAAGCUUUUAACUCAAUCUUCUUCUUCUUCUUCUUCUUCUCCGCCUUCAUCAACAUCGGGAAAUACCACUCCCACUCGUCUUAAAUCAGAAUGAAUGAUCCAAUCUAUCCCCCGACUUUUACCG